AGCCGCGGCUGCAGCGGGACAUGCCAAAUGUCUGCCCAGUGUUUGAGUUGGCACUGAUAGGACAUCAACAGCCAUGUGUUCAAGCCUUUAGUCGUAUGGUCAAGAUGUGGAAACAAGGUUGCACAGGGAGGAGGUGGUGUAUGGGCUAUGAGAGAAGGUCUGGGUACUACACGGUUUACAAGCAGGUGUACAGAAUGGAGCGUCAGACUGUCUAUAAGUGCUGCCCUGGAUGGGUCCAACAUGACAAUGAACCUGGCUGUUUACACUUGCUGUGUACUGUUGGUACUUGCUUCAAUGGAGGGAAAUGUUCUGAAGCAGGAUCCCAGAUGUGCCAGUGUCCCGCAGGAUUUCAGGGUCCUCGCUGCCAGUAUGACGUAAAUGAGUGCACCACUGAGAACGGUGGCUGUCAUGACCAGUGCUGUAACACCAUCGGCAGCUACCACUGCAAAUGUCCGGCUGGCCAGAAGCUGGAGGAAGAUGGAAAAUCAUGUGGAGACGUGGACGAGUGCACAGUGGUGAAUGGUGGCUGCCAGCAAGGUUGUGUCAACACACACGGCUCCUUCCAUUGCCAGUGCCAGGCGGGAUACAGGCUCCACGCUGAUGGGCGCACCUGCAUAGCUGUCAAUUCCUGCAGUGUUAACAAGGGGGGCUGCGAGCAGGAGUGCGUUCAGCUCGGUGAAGACCGAUACAAGUGCCAGUGCCAGCCGGGCUACCAGCUGAAGAGGGAUGCCAAAUCCUGUGAAGUGAUAGACCCCUGCACAAGCAGGAAUGGAGGAUGCUCACAAAUCUGUCAAAAUGAGAGAGGAAUUGCAAAAUGCGAGUGUCACCCAGGGCAUUAUCUUUCUGCAGACAAAAAGUCCUGUUUAGACAUUGAUGAGUGUGCAGAAGGGAGAGCCAGGUGUGCUCAUCGUUGUGUGAACACUCUGGGAUCCUUCACCUGUGUCUGUAAUCCUGGCUUCGAGCUGGGGGCUGAUGGAAAGCAGUGCUACCGCAUCGAAAUGGAAAUUGUUGAUAGCUGCCAGGACAACAACGGUGGCUGCUCUCAUCACUGCGAGCACACGACUGCGGGGCCACGCUGCUCCUGUGACGACGGCUAUCGCCUCGAUUUUGAUGGCAAAACGUGCGCAGAGCUGGACGAGUGCGAGACUGGAGAGUCCUGCUGCUCCCAAUUCUGCAUCAACUAUGCGGGCGGCUACGAGUGUGCCUGCAAAGCGGGGUUCCAGCUGAACGCCGACGGCUGCGCCUGCGAUGAUGUGGACGAAUGUCAUCUUGAUAAUGGCAACUGCGACCAUUUCUGUGUUAAUUCUCUGGGGUCAUACGAAUGUGCAUGCAAGGAGGGUUACAGGCUUGGUGUUAACAGGUGGUCCUGCAUCGGUGGAGAGGAGGCGGAGGAGGCAGCGGGGUUCGCCGGGGCUCCGGGGCUGCAGUUCAGAGGUCCCCCCCAGCUCCUUCGCUACGUGCUCGGUGCCCUCUACGAGGACGGAGACCCACGAGGAGAGCUCAGCCUGGUACACAGGGUCGUUUGCCUUGAUAAGACUUUUGGCAACGACUGUAGCUUGAGCUGUGAGGAUUGUCUGAACGGAGGCAGAUGUAACAGUGAACACAGUGGCUGUGUUUGCUCACCUGGGUGGACCGGCAUUAUCUGUAAUGAAACUUGCUCCUCCGGGACGUACGGCAGAGGCUGCGCCAGCAUUUGCAAGUGCCAGAACGGAGGCUCCUGUGAUCCUGUCACGGGGCAGUGCCGCUGCCCGCCCGGCGUCCACGGCAAGCUCUGUGAAGAUGGUUGCCCGAAAGGCCUCUUUGGGAAGAACUGUAACAAACCGUGCAACUGUGCCAACAACGGCUAUUGCCACAGACUCUACGGAGCCUGCCUGUGUGACCCUGGGCUCUACGGGCGCUUCUGCCAUCUUACCUGUCCCAGGUGGGCCUUCGGAGCUGGCUGCUCGGAGGAGUGUCAGUGCGUGAAAGAGCACACGCUGGAAUGCAGCGCGAGGAACGGGACUUGCACCUGCAAGCCUGGUUAUCAUGGCAAGAAGUGUCAGAAAGAAUGCACGCCUGGCUUUUAUGGGGCUGGUUGCAAACUGAGGUGCGCCUGUCCUACUGAUGUUUUGUGUGAUCACGAGACGGGAGUCUGCAAGCAUCCAUGCCCACCUGGCUUUCAUGGAGAAAAAUGCCAUUUAUCUUGUCAGCCCGGGAGCUUUGGGGCGAACUGCCGGCAGAGGUGCAGCUGUGGAGAAGCACCAUGCAAUGCACAGACGGGGCAGUGUAUUUGCCCAGCUGGGAAGACUGGCGUGACGUGUGAGCAAGAUUGCCCGGCGGGCCGGUGGGGACCAGACUGCCAGUCCUCCUGUGAGCCCUGCGCCAACGGGGGCCAGUGCAACAGAGAAACUGGAGCCUGCGACUGUCCCCCCGGCUACACCGGGGCAUCCUGCUCUGCAUCCUGCCCUGAUGGUCACUAUGGACAAAAUUGCCUGCUGUUAUGCAGCUGUAGCAGCAGUGCUCAGUGUCACCAUGUCACUGGAGAGUGCACAUGUCCCCCCGGCUGGACUGGCCAUGGCUGUAAACACCGAUGCCCCGAGGGAAGCUUUGGCCCGAGCUGCGAGUACAGCUGUCAGUGCCAGAACGGAGCUGCCUGCGACCACGUGAGCGGAGCCUGUACUUGCGCGGCGGGCUGGACGGGAACGUUUUGUGGAAGAGCUUGUCCAGACGGAUUCUUUGGGCUUGACUGCCACCAGGUGUGCAACUGCAAGAAUGCUGCUGGCUGCGACCACGUCCUGGGAACAUGCCGCUGCCUCCCCGGCUGGCUGGGAGAGACCUGCGAGCAGCCCUGCCAGGGGGACAGCUACGGGCCAGGCUGCAGCCACACUUGUCACUGUCACAAUGGAGCGCUCUGUCAUCACGUAACCGGGAGGUGCCUUUGUAGCCCGGGGUGGAAAGGAGCCACCUGCCAAGAAGCCUGUCCUCCUGGAUGGUAUGGUGCAAACUGCCUACAGCGCUGCGUCUGCCACGGCCAGGCGACGUGUGACCGGGUGACGGGCGAGUGCCGGUGUCCCCAGGGUUGGACGGGGAUAGCGUGUGAACUGGAGUGUGGGGACAGGAGGUACGGAGAGGGCUGUGAGCAGAACUGUACCUGCCACCAUGGGGUUUGUGACCAGCACUCGGGGAAAUGCGUCUGCCGCGCUGGCUGGACUGGGGACCACUGUGAUGUUGUCUGCCCCCCGGGAUUUUUUGGCAAGCGGUGCGAGGAGCAAUGUGACUGCGUGCACGGCUUGUCCUGCCACCAUCAAACUGGAGCGUGUCACUGUGAAAGGGGAUGGCGAGGGAGGCACUGUGACAAACCUUGCUUGCCCGGCCGCUACGGCGUGGGCUGUGCCCAGCGGUGCCGGUGUCCUGCGGGUACCCCCUGCCAUCCCCUGACGGGCGAGUGCGGCUGUCCUCCGGGAUUCACUGGCUACGGCUGCGAGAAAACUUGUCCACCGGGCACGUAUGGUAAGAACUGUAACCGAGUAUGUCAGUGCUCUGCGGAGAAUGAGGAAUGUCACCCGGUGACUGGCGACUGUGCGUGCCGCCUGGGCUACUACGGGGCCCACUGCAACCUCCGGUGUCCAAAAGGUACUUAUGGUUCAAAUUGCCAAAAACCCUGUAAAUGCAUGAAUGGAGGCCAUUGCGACCCUGCGUCGGGAACUUGUGAUUGCGCGCCUGGUUUCAUUGGAGCCGACUGUAGUAAAACUUGCCCUGAAAACCGAUACGGGAAGGACUGCACCCUGUUCUGUGCAUGUGGUAAAGGUCAGUGUGACCCACGGACUGGCAAGUGUACCUGUCCUCCCGGCCAAAUGGGACCCAGCUGUCAGCAAGUGUGUCCCCAGGGACAAUAUGGCCCCAACUGCCACCUGACAUGUACCUGUCAGAACGGUGGUAUCUGUGACCACGUGGAUGGCAACUGCACUUGCGCGCUCGGCUGGACGGGAAGAUCGUGUGAGAAAGAAUGUCUCCCAGGGAAGUACGGGUCUGGCUGUGGCUUGGACUGCUCGUGCCAGCACAACGGCACCUGCGACAGGUUCACGGGCUGCUGCCAGUGCCCCGAGGGUUACUACGGCCACUCCUGUGAGCACAGGUGUCCCCUUGGAUUUUAUGGGCUAAGCUGUCUUCAUGCAUGUGCCUGUAAAAAUGGAGCGAGCUGCGAUGCAGUGACAGGACAGUGCAUUUGUCCUCUGGGUUAUCAAGGUGUCUACUGUGAGAAAGGCUGCGACAGGGGCUGGUUUGGAGAGAGGUGCCGGCACCGGUGCGACUGCGGAGAUGCUCCUUGCGAUCCAGAGACUGGGAAGUGCCUUUGCCCACCUGGGAAGACUGGAGACAAAUGUGACAUUGAAUGCGGGUCAGACCAGUACGGCCCUGACUGCUCCCUGCGAUGCCAGUGUGCCAGCAAAUCCCAGUGCAAUCCGUACAACGGGAACUGCGUAUGUCCAGCCACGUGGAUGGGGCCAACCUGCAAAGAAGGUGGCCCUCCAAAGCUUCCUUUUUAUGAAGAACAAACUCAAGAAAGAGGGAGUAUUUUUCCAAGAGCUCUACAACAGUAACAUUUGGACUAAUAAAUGAACUGUUUUAUAUGCACAGACGGUAUUUGAAUUUGGAUAUGAAAACAGCUAUUCAAUUCAGCUUGAAUUGUACUGAAGUAUUCACACUUCUUAUGGAAGACUACAGAGGCCAUUUAGUAGCUGGAUCCUCUUAAAAAGUUGAAUCUGUUUCAUGUAUUUAUUCCUAGCCUCUUACCCCUCCAUUAAUCUGCUCUGGACAUUCUUUCUGAUAUAUAAUAUAAAUCAUUGUUUGAAAGCUUGGACAUGUUUUUAAUAAGACCAGCUCCAAAGACUAUCAGGAAAAGCAGUAUGUAACGUAUCAACGUGCAGUGAGCCGCACCACGUAUAAGUUACUUUCUAAACCCGCUUGAAGUUUAAUGAGCGUUUCACGGAUUAUGAAGCCAAUAUGGAUUCUCUGCAAAAUCACAUUGCACAGAAACUAGUGGGAUUCACCAAAUUAAUUCCUCUUUGAAUAACAUUGUGUGCUCUAGAAAGGCAUCCAAUCUAAUUUUAAACUUGCAACUGAAGAAGAAUCCACCACAGUCCUCGAUAAGUUGUUAAUUAAUUUAAGAAUAUGUAGCACAUUUCUAGUGUGGAUUGACUGAUUGGAAGGUCUCCAAUCUGUAUCUUGCUUACGUCUGAAUCCAUCUUCUAAAGAGCAGGAUGUCAUCUGUCAGGCUCUUCUGGUUUUCUGCAUUCUCCCAUCUUGUCAGUUGAGUUUCUCAGUGGUUUGUCAAGUCAAACUGUGCAGCAGUUCUCAUAAACAGUACCUUCUAAUGCAGGAAAGAGUUUUAUCUUAGGCAGAAAAAGCAGAUAGUAAGCAAGGAUAGAUGCUUGAAGAUAAUCUUUGUGUUCUUUAUAUAAAGGAUUUUAAUGCUCCUUUACUGCACAAUAGUUCAAUUAAGUCAGCUUUAAAAAGUCCUGACACCAUUCAACAGCUGCUGUUGGUCACUUAAUAGAACAA